UUUAUGCUUGUUUAUUAAAAGUUGCCAUAGCAACCGGCUCGUUCAAUUUCAAAAUGGAAUCCGUCUGACUGACUACAAAAAUGAAUAUAAAUUACAUUUAUACGAAGAAACGAAGGCAAUUCGGACGACCUUGUAACUUUACCGAUCACGGUCCAGACAUUCUGGUCGAUAUUGUACCGGAUAUUUCACUCCGGGAUAAUUUUGUCCACGUGUCUAGAAUUAAUAGAGAAGUCCAAUGCUCGACCGUCGUAGCCUGUAAUCAGGUUAACACUGAACAUUAUGGAACAGAAAAUAGAGGCAUGAACCACGAAGAAGGUGGAUGGCCGAAAGACGUCGAUCCGACAGAUGAGAAACAAGUGACGAGAUUUCGAAAGAAAGUUGAAAAAGAUGAACAUUUUCAAAAUGUCGUUUUGAAUCUUGCGGGACAAUUGGAACAUUGCGUGAAACAAAAUAAUGCUAUCAAUAUUUAUGAAGAAUAUUUUGUCAGCGAUGAGGAGGAAGAACAAGAUAUAAUAAAUGAUGAAACAAGAGUUGUCAAUGUAAUCAGAGAUAAUACUACUCCUUCACGGUAUGUUACAUGUAUAUCUUGGUCCCCUGAAGAAGAAAAUAAAUUAGUUACUACUCUUUCCACCUUAAAAUUUGAGGAAUCAUCAAAGCUUCCUAAAGAAUCAUAUAUUUGGGACAUUAAUAAUUUAACUCAACCAGUUACAAAUUUAUGCUUUUCUUCAUCAUUGAUGUGUGCAGAAUUUAAUCCUAAAGAUUUUAGUUAUUUAUUAGCUGGAGCAUUUAAUGGUCAGAUAGGUUUUUGGGAUUUAAGAAAGAAUGAUUCUGAACCUUUUCAAGUAACUCCAUCUGAAUAUAGCCAUCAUGAUCCCGUUUACAAAGCGUUAUGGUUGCAUUCGAGAUCAGGAAAAGAAUGUUUUUCUGCAUCCACAGAUGGGCAAGUUUUAUGGUGGGAUAUAAGAAAGUUAAAUGAACCUACUGAAGUUUUAAUUUUGGAUCCCAGAAAAGGAAUUAAGCCAUCUCGUAAAAAUGCUUAUCGAGCUAGAUGUUUAGAAUAUGAUCCAACAAUUCCCACGAAAUUUAUGAUUGGUACCGAAGAAGGGAUGAUUUUCAUAGGAAAUAGAAAGGGUAAAAGUUUAUCUGAUAAAGUGGGAACUAUGUAUAAACAGGAAUUUGGUUCUGUUCGAGCUCUCCAACGAAACUAUUUUAUUUCCAAAGUAUUUCUUAGCGCACACAAUCGAAGCGUAAAGAUUUGGGCAGAAGAAUGCAAAGACUCUCCUAUUCUGACUUUUAAGAAUGAUGAAUAUUCAAUUAACGAUGCUUGCUGGAAUUCAUUUUGCCCAUCCGUUUUCUUCGCUGCGAAAGACAAUGGAAUAAUUGAGACAUGGAAUAUUUUAACAAGUCAUUCAGAACCUUUUUCUAAAAUAAAAGUAACAGAAGAAGGAUUACAGACAUUACGUCUAAAUGAAAAAAAUAAAUUGUUAGCAGCAGGUUCUAAGAAAGGAAAGAUUGUCCUGAUUGCAUUGGCUGAAGAUUUAAAAAAACCACAUAAAACUGACAAGACUCUUCUAUCAAAUAUGUUUGAAAGAGAAAUUCACAGGAUUAAAAUACUAGAAGCUCGUCAACGUGAAUUGAAGGUGAAAGCAAAAGCGGAUGUCCACGAGGAAAAAGAAUUAAAAUUAGAAAUGGCUCCAAGCGAAAUCAUCGAUGAAUACGAUAAAAUCAUUAACAAAGAAUACGAAAAUUUAUAUGAAGAUUAUCAGAAACAUUCUAAAGAAGAACGUUUUAAAAUUAAUAAAUUUGAAUUAGAGGAUACAAAAGCACAGGAGGAUGAAUCGAAGUCUAGCAUUACAUGAAAUGAAUCCUCUUCAGUACAGCACAGUGGACUUGUGGACUUAUUAAAACUAAUAAAUAAAUAAUUAAUUUAAAAUAU